UAGGUGCGGCCCGUGCUGGCGGCUGUGGUGGCGGCAGUGGCUGAAAGGGUCGUGGGUAGUGAGAGGUGAAAGCGGAGCUCCAGCUAGGAGAUGUCAGUGGUCUGAUAUGUCUGUUGUGAUCGAGGAGUCUGCCCCCUCUUAGGAUGCAAAUUUCUCUCCAGGAGUUGUUGAACAAUUAGCCAAAAUGUCAAAUAAGGAGGUGAAGGCAGCAUUAAAGAGUGCUAGAGAUGCAAUACGAAACAAAGAAUACAAGGAAGCUUUAAAACAUUGCAAGGCAGUCUUGAAGCAAGAAAAAAAUAACUACAAUGCUUGGGUAUUUAUUGGCUUGGCAGCUGCUGAGUUAGAGCAGCCUGAUCAGGCCAAAGGAGCAUAUAAGAAGGCUAUUGAACUUGAGCCAAAUCAAUUGCUGGCAUGGCAGGGAUUAGCAAAUUUAUAUGAGAAAACCAGCCAAACAGAUGUCAAGGGAGAUUUAGCAGAUGUUUACCAAAAGCUUUUGAAGCUCUACGAAAGUGGUGACAAGCAGAAAUGGUAUGAUGUAUGUAACAAGCUUGUGGACCUGUAUCAUCAAGAGAAAAAAUAUUUAGAGGUGUCUGAAACAUGGCAGAAACUGAUACAAAUGAAGCAGGAGGAAGGUGCAGAAAAGGUGGAGCUUCAUCAGCUCUGGAAGAAAAUGAUUCAGUUACUGAAAGACAGUGCCCAGAACCAGGAUAAUAAGACUGAACAGCUGCUUUUGACUGCGUUUGAACAUGCGGUGAACUCUGCUGACACUGUUCCGAGUGAAGACCACCAAAAUCUUUACAAGGACUUUAUUCAGUGCUUGUCAAAAUUUCCUCAUGAAAUGGCUAGGUUGGAAAUGGCCUGUAAUGACAUGAUGGCUCUGUAUCCUACUGUGAGUUAUCCUUUGGAAGUACUUUGCCUGCACUUUGUUCAGUCAGGUACAUUGUCAGGAGAGGCCAUGCAGUGUUUUUCUAGGCUUUUGGAGAUGGAUGAGAGUAGUGGUCCAGGCAUCAUUGGGUUUGGUGUGAAAUGCCUCCAAGAAAAGAAAUACAAAGAGGCUAUUAAAAAUCUUACUGAGGGUUUGCAGAAAACUACCCAGUGUCCAGCAGCGUGGCGUUAUUUGGCAGAGGCACAGAUGAAAAUUCACAAACACAGAGAUGCUAUCCAGUCCUGCAAUCAAGCUCUUGAGGGUCUUGGAACUUCUGAUGAUCCCAGUCUUCAGUGGAAGAACCUUAUCCUUCAGUUGAAAGCAGAGGCUUUGAUUAAAUUAGCUGACGCUGGUGCUGCAGAAGAAGCCAUUAAAGCACUCGAGCAGAUUGUGGAUGCAAGCAGUGAUCCAAUGGUUUUAGCAAUCAAAGGUCAGGCUUAUCUGAACAAAGGUUUAAUGGAUCAAGCUUCCAAGAUUUCACAAGAGCUUCUGUUGUCCCACCCUGAUCUGGCUGAGUCCCAUGCUCUAGAGGGUUUCAUCCAUUAUUCCCAAAAGAACUAUGAACAGGCAGAAAGAAGUUUUCUGAAUGCCAUUGAAAGAAAGGCUGAAACUGCAGAAUAUCAUCAGUACUUGGGGCUCACAUACUGGUUCAUGAGUGAUGAGACAAAAAAAGACAAAGGAAAAGCACUCACUCAGUUCUUAAAGGCUGCAAAAUUGGACAGCUACUUGGGAAGUGUCUUUUGUUAUUUAGGUAACUACUACAGGGACGUCGCUGGAGACAAAAGUAGAGCUCGUGGCUGCUAUAAAAAGGCUUUUGAACUGGAUGGAACAGAUGAAAAAUCAGGAGCAGCAGCUGUAGACUUAAGUGUGGAACUUGGAGACGUGGACGCUGCUCUGUCCAUCCUGAAUGAGGUGACUCAAAAAACAAGUACUGGCACAGCAAAGUGGGCCUGGCUUCAUCGUGGGCUUUACUACCUGAGAACUGGUCAGCCAUCAAAAGCAGUGACUGAUUUGCAGGCAGCUCUCAGGGCUGAUCCAAAGGAUUCCAACUGCUGGGAGUCUCUAGGGGAGGCUUACUUGGGCAGAGGUAGCUACUUAACAGCUCUAAAGUCCUUCAGGAAAGCAAGUGAGCUGAACCCAGAGCUCACAUACAGCAUUUACAAAGCUGCAGCAGUGGAGCAGAUUCUAGGCAAAUACGAAAGUGCUAUAGCUACCUAUCAACAAAUCUUAAAGAAGACAGAAGACUAUGUGCUUGCACUGAAAGGACUGGGUGAGUGCUAUCUCAUGCUGGCAAGAUCAGCCCUUGAUAACUAUUUUGAUAGGAAGGCUGUGGAUUAUAUACAGCAGGCUCUUGAAUUUUUUACAAGGGCAACAAAGUACCAUCCUGAUGUGUCUUGCCUCUGGAAACUGCUCGGCGAUACGUGUACUAGCGUGCAUGUUAUUUCACCACCCAAAGUGAAUGUCCAAGUUCUAGGAUCGCUUCUGGGUAAAAAUGCAGACAAACAGGUGCUGAAGAAAAGUGAACUGCUCAGACUGGGAGGAAGGUGUUAUGGCAGAGCUUUAAAACUGAUGCCUUUGCCUAGCAUAUGGUGCGAUCUUGGAAUAAAUUAUUAUCGACAAGCGGAGCACCUCACAGCAGUGGGCACUGACACGAAUGAGAUCAGCGAGCUGCUGGAGAAAUCAUUACAGUGUCUCAAAAAAGCUGUGAGGCUUGACAGCAAAAAUCAUCUUUAUUGGAAUGCACUUGGUGUAGUUGCUUCCUGUACUGCUAUUGGGAAUUAUGCUCUUGCUCAACAUUCGUUCAUCAAAUCUGUUCAAGCUGAGCAAACUAGUGUUGUUGCUUGGACCAACUUGGGAGUUUUGUAUCUGGCAACUGGAAACGUGGAGCAAGCUCAUGAAGCCUUCAAGGUGGCCCAGUCACUGGAGCCUUCUUAUUUACUGUGUUGGAUUGGGCAGGCUCUUAUUGCAGAGAUGGUGGGCAGCUGUGAUGCUAUGGAUCUCUUCAGGCACACAACUGAACUCGGUAUGCAUACUGAGGGAGCAAAAGGCUAUGCCCACUGGGUGUGUUCAACACUGCUGGAUAAAAGAAACAGAGAGACUGAACUAUAUCAGUACAACAUUGUUCAAAUGAAUGCUAUUCCAACGGCCCAUGUGGUCUUGAGCAAAUAUACAGAAAGAAAUCCAGACGAUGCAUCUGCUUUCACGAUGCUCGGCUACUUGAAUGAGUGUAUGCACCUAAAAAGGCAGGCAGCAGAUGCCUAUGAGAGGGCAGCUUUGUUGCUGAAAAACUCAGAGGAUACAGAGAAAUACAAUAUAGCGAUGCAAGACUAUGGCAGGUCACUGUGUGCCCUUGAUCAGUGUGAUAAGGCCAUUGAGGUUUACUCAUCAAUACCCCUAACUGAGUUUGAUAGCAUUGUGGGGAUAGCGUUAGCCUACUUCAAGAAUGGGCUUUUUCAAGAAAGUAUUGAAGCAUAUAAAAAAGCCUUGUCUGUUGCUGAGUCUGAACAAGAUAAAGCACGUAUCCUGACUGCCUUGGCAAUAUUAGAGUAUAAACAGAACAGAGUUGAUGCUGCAAAGACACUGCUGUUCAAAUGCUCAUUAAAAGAACAUAGUAUGGAAAGUCUGAAGGCUUUGUGCACACUAGGACUGGUACAGCAGGAUGCUACUCUUGCAACAGCAGCCCUAAAAGAGCUACUGAAGCAUGAAAAAGGGAAUGAUGGGAUUUAUGACAGAUGCCUUAUUGCAUCUGCUGUUUAUGCAUUGCAAGGUAGAAAUGUGUUGGUCCAGAGAGAAGUCUCCAAAGCAAUACACAGUAACCCUGAUAAUUCUGCCCUCUGGUCUCUUUUGUCUCGACUAGUUCCACUGUAUGCAUCACAAAAGGCAAAAGAGGGGGCUGUGGCAGGAAGCAUUGCACAUGAACUUGAUGUAAAGUGUGGAAAGGAAGUCCUUCUGAAUAUUGCAGUUAAUCAGUUGGCAGCAGGACGUCACAUGUUGGAAGAUGAGAAAAACAAUCCUCUGAAGAAUAUUCAGAAGGCAAUCCGCCUCUGUCCAGAUAAUCCUUCUACCUGGGCAGUGCUAAUGGCAGCCUGUCAUGCUGAAAACACCGUUGUCUGCCUCAACAACACGCAGCCAAAACGAACUGGUCUAGAGAUGACACUUGUAUCUACAGUUUCAGCCAAAACUGGAGAAAAUAAUCUUCCACGUAAUUAUAUCCAGACUCUUGAAGACUGGUGUCUCUGUCAAGCUAUUACCAGUCUAGAGGAGACUGGUAAACUUUCAGAAGCUGAAGCACUUUGCACCAAGGGUUUAAAAAGCUGCCCUGAGCACCCAGCUCUGUUUUUGCUUUUGAGACAAAUUCAGUGUAAGCAGCUGCUGCAGUCUCACAAAGAACUUCCAGACAAUAUCCUGGAGGAGCUUCGCAAGACAGUCAUGACUAGCUCAACUUCAGUUUCAGCCUGGCAAUGGCUGGCAAAAGUAUAUCAGUCCCAAAGAAUGAUGAUGGGAGCAGAGAUGUGUUACAGAAAGAGUCUACAGUUGGCAUCACAGCAGGGCAACUGGAACGGGAAGUUAUCCAGUCUGCUAGGACUCGCUAUGCUUGCACUGGAAAUCUGCAUGGCUAAUGUCUCAGAUGAGCACUGGCCAUCCUUGGUUCAGGAGGCAACAACUGAAGCUUUGAAGCUUUCUCCUUGCCCUCUGGCAGCUCUCCUACAAGCAUUGCUACAGUAUAAUCGCAAAAUGGGAGCAAGGGAGACUCGUCGAAUGUUGGAAAGAGUGGUUUAUCAACCGGGGAAUCCAGAAACAGUUGUAUCAGUAGCACGCUGGUACCUCUUGCAGCACCUGUAUGCCAAAGAUGAUCAUGAAUUGAUAGAUGUACUUAUAGAAAAUGCCAAAGCUAAUGGGGAUGUUAGAGUUCUGGAACUAAAUGAGCAAUUGUCAUCAAGUGCCUAGUAUGAACUAUGUUAAGUGAAAAGUAAUCCUUUCAUGCAACUUAAUCCAUCUUCAGGAGAAUAUGGGGUUCAAACUUUUUUAUUUGUUUGUGUCUGGUCUUAUUUUUUUGGUGCAUCAACUGCAACUUUGUGUUUAGUUUUACUUGUUCCUGAGCGAAAGUAGGUUAUUUUCUGUUGAUGUGAUUUCUACCAUAAAAUUUCUCUUUAUUCAAAAGGAAAACCUGGAAUUUUCGGUUCUUCCUUGCCAAAGCUUCAGUGCUAUUCGCCAUGGAGAGUAUUUGUCUGUAUUUCCUCCUUGGCCACACACAGAAAUGUAUUGGCCAUGAUGCAAGGGCUUCGUGGCAGAGAAUAUUACUAGUUAAGUAGCAGCAAAAUUUCCUUCUCUCCCAGAUGCUGUAAAGCAUUCAGAGACUUAAAAUGCCUGUAUUCCUCUGAUACAUCUUGUUGUGCAGUUGAGACCCAAAUCCACUUGGAUCUUCAUGUAUGGUGUCAGUUUAUACUUCAAAAAUUAUGUAGCUUAAGCCAUUUUUAAUUGCAGCAGUGUAUCCUCUUGACUGAGGGCUGCAGUAAACAUUCCCAUCAAUAAAAGCUUGUGACCAUCAGGGACAGGAUUGUAUUUAUAAAUAUGUGUUAGAGGCUGUAUUUCUGUCUUGGUAAUUCUGCUGCUGGCUGCUUAAUUGAAUGAAUCGUGACCAGAUGUGAUGUCAUUUUACCUUUACAUACAUGAAAAUAAAAAAAUAUCAAGCAGUGA